UUUUGUGUUUCUAGGCAUAAAUCAUGGCAUGACUAUUUAUUUUGUGCACAUGAGCUUGUUAGCGGAAGUGGAAGUCAGACAGCCAUUAAUCUGUAUCGCUCACUGCUCCGAAUCGUGCAACCGUGCUCUCGGCAUGGACUUCAGAAUGCAAGAUCGAAAUUAAGGGCGUGUUUUCUGUGUGUGGCGUUGACGUGCGUUUUGUUGUGAUGAUGUGCAACUGGGCUGGAACUUGCAUUGGAAACGUCUGUGUGUACAUGUGCUUUAUAGGGCGUCUCGGAUUAGAAUAACCAAAUCAAAUGGCCUCCCCCCCGCCUCGUCGAAAUGUCAGCACCAGGCCGCAUCGGCAGCAUUUGUCACCCCUUCAGGUGCUGCUGCAAAUGGGAUUCCCUAAGCACAGGGCAGAGAAGGCUCUUGCAGCAACAGGCGAUAGAGGAGUUCAACUAGCAGCUGAUUGGCUUCUGGCUCAUGUUAACGACCCCACGCUUGAUGACAGCACACCUCGCGAGUACAUUCUCUACCUCUGCCCAACUGGACCUCUCUUAGAACAGCUACAGUCAUUUUUCCUUCAAUCAAUGCUUCAGUGUAAUCGGAAUGGUGCCCACAACUACCUCCCACAUAUCACACUAUGUUCAUUCUUUCAAGCUCCGGAUGAUGCUGUCUCCCACCUUACCCGUGCGUUGCAGCACGUGGUAGAAAAGCUACGACCCGAACUUCCCGACCACAUUCGUUUAGAGCACUAUACGUCACCCACCUUCCUUGGGCUUUUCGUGGCUGAAGAGCACAAUGAUCCUCUUAAAAAGGUGGCAGUCCACUUUAUGAGAGAAGUGUCAGAGUUCAUUCUAAGCGAGAUCGGUGCGUUGGAUGUCCUAGGGACUUGCUUUCCGUGGUGCUCGACCACAUAUCCUUCGCUUGGCAAGAGUGGCACUCGAUGCAGGCGCAUUCAAGUGGAGCCGUACCUGAAAGCGCUUCACAUUACGCUUGCCUACCAGUUUCAACCGGACCAAUGCAGUCAGCUGGAGAAGCUUGGUCAGGAUAUUGACUGUACUGCUGCAGCAUGCUGGGAGCUGAGGCUGUACUCACGUGACACACGGAUAAAGGGCUGUGAGGUGCAUAAAGUACUUUACUCCCAUGUUGCCAAAGAACCUGAUGAGUUGGAACUGUUGAUUGGUGACUACGUGUAUGUGGGUGGAGAGCAACUGGGUACAUCUCCUGAUGGAUGGAUAGAGGGCACCUCUUGGCUCACAGGCUGCACAGGGUUUCUACCAAAGAAUUAUAUUGAGCGUACUGCUGAGUCUGAUGCCUGGACGCUACACAGGUCAAUCACUAUUGCAAAAAAUGCAUUUAUGGAUGGUCUGGACUCUACAAUGCUUCAGAGGAGACCAUUGAACACCGUACAGGCACUGGAAAGAUCGCCGCCACCAUCAUCAAAUGUUAAGGAAGAAGAAAAAAGCAAUACUGCACAAGUUACUCAAGAGUCUAAGGAUGAAAGCAUUUAUGAAAACCUUUCAGCUAUCAUACAAAGGAGUAAGACAGCAGAAGCCAAAAACCCGGACCCAAGGAAACUAUUUGUUGUUAGGCAUGCUGAACGUGUGGACUUCACGUUUGGGAUUUGGAUUCCCAUGGCCUUCGACGAAACUGGUAAAUACAAGCGUACGGAUUUAAAUAUGCCAGUGUCCGUGCCAUCCAGAAGAGGAGGAUUCAGGGACUUUGUGAAAGAUUGCCCUUUAACCAAUAUUGGCCUGCAUCAGGCCUCACUUGUCGGCAAUGCCUUGUCUGAUAAUGAUGUGAAAUUCACUCAUGCAUUCUCUUCACCUGCACUUCGCUGCAUACAGACAUGUCAUAAUAUUAUCAAAGCAAUUGGUCAAAUAGAAACUGUUCCCAUUUGUGUGGAACCUGGCCUGUUCGAAUGGCUAGCAUGGUAUCAGGAUGGUAUGCCCACGUGGAUGAGCAUAGAUGAAAUGUUGGAGGCAGGCUACAACAUCAAGGGUGACUACAAGCCUGUCGUUGCUGCUCAAGAACUAAUGCACAAGAAGGAAACUAGCGAGCAGUACUACAUGCGCAGCUUCUACGUGUCACAGGCAUUGCUGAACCAUUCCUUCCCAGACAGUGAUCACAGAGGGAAUGUCUUGUUCGUGGGACAUGCUGCAACGCUGGACACGUGCACGCGACAGUUGACGCGGAAGAACCCGAGAACUGCAGGUGACCUCAUUCAGAUUGUGCAGAGGAUACCUUACUGUUCAGUUGCGGUGGCUGAAGAGUCGCCGAAUGGAGCAUGGACACUCGUGGCUCCACCAGUUCCAGCAUUGACCCACUCUUCCAACGGACGUUAUGACUGGCGCUGCAUGCUGUGAGACGGGUUUCAUGUUGGGAUUUUUUUACUAUGUGUGUUAAAACUGUGCUAUAUGAGCACUGAACAAAUAGCGACAAAAAGCAUCUGCUUCUUAGCCCGACUCUCUGACGUCUAUGGGCACCAAUUUUCUGUACAGAUGCUUUCUGUGUACAGUAGACAUGGGAGGUUCUCCAAGAUAGGUAACAAAGGGACUGUACAGAGUAACUUAAUAGAUAUUUGCGUUACGUUUUAGAUGUUCCUACGGUGGUUUCUGCUACGUGGCAGAUCACAUGCUUUUGAUCGCAAAGUCACUUGAGUUGUUUGUUGAAGCAGUUCAGGGGACUGCUGACGAUGACAUGUUCUAAGUAUAAUUUGAAGGCAGAUAGAUAUUCUGUUGCAUAUGUGUGUUGUGGGCAGCGAUAAACUGUCACUAAGUAAGCUGGGAAUGCAGAAACAAAGAAAAAUGACCUGCGAGAGUAGGAAGCGCAGUAUGGGGGCAUGAUGCUUAUAUUAGUCCAUCCAUUUUGGAGAUGUGUCGACUGUGCACACCUGAUAUGAACGUGAAAAAGAAGUCUGCAGUACCAGUGGCCUGAAUUUUAAAUAAUACCAGCUUCUAAGGAUUCUCGAAUGUUGUUUGCAAAGCCCCUUUCACCCAAUUUGAAGCAUGGUGUGUGGUGUCCACAGACAGACAGCUACAGGAACGUUUUGGAAGCCUCAGGUAAAACAUUGUGGCUCCUCACAGCUUUCAAAUCUCCAAUAUACUAUUGUAUUCUGGAUGAAAUGGAAUGCAUGAAGAGUACUUGGAGCCCUUGCACAGACAUUGGGUCAAAUGUUUUCUUUGUAACGGCCGCCCUCACAUGCAUGCAAUCUUUCAGGCUAACAAGGUGUGUCCAGAACCCUCAGGACUCCAGGGUGCACAAACUGAGUGUUACACCCUGUAUAUGUGAGCAUGUUAUAGAAUAUAAAAUGUGGUACGGAGUUGCUCUCUUUUGUUGCACAUUGUCAUUCCCAAUGAGGGUGGGGGUCAAAUCUUCCAAAGGUCUGUGUGAUCGUUCUGCGUAGACGUAUGGCCACAAUAUCUGUCUGUGGGGACAAGACAUUCUUUGAGGCGCUGUACUGUCAUUCAUUUUCUAGGCAUCUUAUGCAAGAAGCAAAACUUGCUCCCACUCUCCAUGUGGUGCCAUUGAUUGCCGGCACAAUUUGAACUAGCUGCUUAUUUUUACUGGUAAUUAGUCAGCAUACUUCUUGAAAUUGUGUCUUCGUUGUCCACAAAAGCAGGUUCUAAUCGUACCACGCUCCUAUUUUUGCCAAAGCUGGCAUACGUUCUAGGAUACACUCUGUGUGGAGGGCAUUAGCCCAUCGUCACUCCCUCCACCAAAGAUGUGGCCUGUCACUGCCGUAGUCUUAAAGUGUGCAUAAAUAGUGACAAGAUUGCUCAUAUUGUUCCUCGUGACUAAGAAUUCCGAUUCUAGUUUUCCUGCUUGCAAGGCAUAAACUAUACAUUUCUGUUGUAUUGUUCAUACUGCUUUGGGGUGCUCCACUUCACUCUUCGAGCAGAUCAUGAUAGUAAGGGAAAAGCUCAAAUAUAGAUAGGUUCUAAGUAGAGGGGAUUCUACAAUGUGCAGCAACAUGGGAGAACUUUGAGGAAAUCAAACAUUUAAAAAUAUUUUGCUUGUGGUCAUUCUACCACCAUAGCAUCAGAAGAUAAUGGGAUUGACAACGUGCAUUCAUCUAUCUCACAACAUGUCUUUAUCACGUGUGUGUCUUUGUGUGUGUAUCUACCUUCUACCACUUCGAUUUGUUGUGCAAAGGAAACGCUACUUGUAUAUGGGACUACAAAGACACCAGUCAAAUGGAGUACAAUAAGACCAGCAAUUCUUUUCUGAUCAGUUAUUGGAAUCAUAUUUUGUGCAUGGUGAGCACGUGUUUUCAAAUUAAUGGCACAGUUGACAUGCUCACCCAACUUCAAACACUUUCACUGUUUGCUUUCACUCUUGUGCUACCCGACCCCAAACAGAAAGUAUGGCAUGCACAACAACUGGCUGGGUAGCAACCAUGCAUAAAUAUGAGAAUGAACUUUCUGAUACAUACAAUUCCUGGUGACGUGAAGAAGGCUGAUAUGGCAGGCAAAAUGGUAUGAAUGCUGGUAGGCUGAUGGCUAGCAGCCAUGACAAAAGGUGACCAUGUUUGUGCUCACUCUGAUGUUUCUUGUUUCCUUUUUUUUUUUUUUAAAGGUAUAGGAGAGAGCAGGUGCUCUUUAAGAGACAGAACAUGUGCCAAUGCACAGCUUCCAAUACAUGCGCCAUACCAAGCAUAUGCCCCCUGAAACAAUCUUGUUUUUAUGCAUCUUUUAAUGGAACAUAGCAUUUUACAGCCACUUUUACUUUUCUCCUGUGCACUUUUGAAGCGAUCGCUUUGCAGUCCUAGAGGCAUUCGCUUUUGCUCUGAGAUGAGCAAGAGCCAUAGGGGGUCUUGAUAUGUGCCAUCCAGAGUAGUGAAGGAUGUCUUCAAGCAAGCACAGAAGAGAGAUAAGUUGUAGGCUACAUUGGAAUAGAUAAUUUUAUAUUUGCAGCUGAUCAGAGCCUCAGAGCCAAAUUAACUGAAGCCUUAGUUUUGUUCAUAAACAGUGGAACAAACUGUAGUGCAAUGAGUUUAAGGGGAGGGGGGGAAUGGCACCAACACAUCUGCAAGGUAAUGAUUACUCCAUCGAGCUGCAAGCAUGAAAUGUUAUGCCCUAUAUUCAGUAGCUUGAUUACGCUUCCCCCACAGCAGGCUUUAUAAAUAGGGCCCUGUGUAUUCGGGUUUUCUGUUUUUUGAAAAUUAGGCUGGGGGGGGGGGUUAAAAAUGGGAUGUCAUUUCAGGGUCUGUAACUGGUAAAAUCUGGCAAUAUCAGGUGGAAAAACAGAUUUUUGCAUGGAAAUAAAAAAUGAGUGUUUCUCAUGUUUUGCAUGAACAUGAGAAGUGGAACAUAGAUCCGGUGGCACCGGUAUUGGGGGCUGAAUUUACACCACUUUGGCAAGUUGACGAUGGUAAAAAAUGGGGGGGAGGUAAGAAUGGGUUUUACCCUAAGACACAGGGCCCUAUUCAUAAGGGACGUUUAAUGCAAAACGUUUGUCACCAGUGAAUAACCUUUGUGCAUGUGUACGUGAAUUCAUUUCGCAAUCCUAGUAUUCUGAUUUUUGGAUUGCAGGACUGCACAGUUUGUUCAUACGUGCCAGGUUAAAUUGCACAAGGAAGCCAGUGAAACAUCACCGCUUGUAGGUUUGAAUUAGGUUCUAUUUUCCUGCGUGUUUCCUGUGCACUUUUAAAGCGGAAGAGUAAGCAGGAAAAGUAUUCAAAUGCAUCGAUCAACAAUACUUCAUUGUUUAUUUCUUGAUGGUGCCUGAAUUCUAUAAAUCCAGUACUAACUACCUGUUUUAUGUAGGUGCCAUGAUGACAACAGUGAAAAUCAUACUCUAUCUUAGAUUGAGAGGCUUAGCUCCAAUUCAAUACUUAUCUGUGAUACCACGCAAAAGCUUUAGGAAACGUGAUAAUAUGUCACAUGUACUGUUGUACUUACUAAAAGUAAUUUUUUUAGAAACCAUACAAGGAUUGCUCACUUUAACUGUUUGCAGUUUCAUGUCUCUCGAACAGUACAGCACUGGCGCAAUGAAGUUAACCCUGUAGGAACUACAGUGCUUCAGAGGACAGUUGUAACUAUGAAAGGGGUUGUGACAUUUCCAUAGAUAUAGUUGAUUACAUCACGUACAGAUCGUACUUCAUGCCAGAGUACGGAGAGAAGAAAAAAAAUCUAGGUGUUGUACGUACUCCUUGGCGAGAACACAUGUACGCAUCAACCUCUGAAGUCAGAGGAGUGAGGUCAACAGCUGUCCCCUUGGUUCACAUCGACGCAAAAAAUUCUCUCCCACGUUUAUUUGCCGCAACUUUCGAUGAAGUGUUGCAACCCUUUCAAAUGUGCAUUAAGCUUCCCUCUGAUUUAGCUUCUGCAGGAAUGAUUUUACCACAGCAUGUUCCCACAUACAAGUUACAGACGUAAACAACAAAUGCAUGAUUACAUCACACCCAAGUGUACAGAUUUAUUUGGUGUGUUGCACUUCUAUGCUGAGUAUUUGGUACUCUCUCUUAGACCUUAUCUCCACAUUGUCAGGGGUGAAAAAAUUAUGUUGCGCUCUCUCUGUUGGGGUGGUCCACAAGGUUUCAGGUGUAGAAUUUACUUUUGGUCACUUUUUAUUUUAUUUUACCAAUUUAUGUAGCUGAAAUUAAAUUCGUUCGAUAGUUUUGUUAAAAUUUAAUCUUGCACAAAACCGCAAUGCCAAAAUGUUACUUCUAUGUAUAGUAAACCAUCACAAAAUGGAGUGUCGUCAAUGAAGUGUCAUUUUGCACAAUAAGACCACCUUGUAGGUCAUCAUGACCUACAUGAUGACCUACAGAACAGAUGUAGCAGAACAAAUGUACAAAGGUACAUUUAUUCUGCCAAAUUAACAUUGCAGUCUUGUUUUCUCUGUCUCUCUUUCUCUCUUUGUACACGUGCACGAUUCUUACUGUUGAUUGCAUAUUGGGAAGCUGUUGUGCUUUAUCUGUUUCACUGAAGUCCUCGUAGCAUUGCUGAUACUGCAGAGAAGAAACAUUUCAUAAAAAAAUGGCAGCGUUCUGUAAAAUACAAUUCACCAGAGAUGGUACUGCUCAGGGACUGAAACCGAAAAACUAAUAUUGGUUCCGUUACGGUUACGGUUCAGCGUCAGAAGUCUGAAAGCGGUUACGGGAUUCGCCAUUUUAAUAUUUGUGGUUACCGGUAACCAAACAGUUGAACAGGUAUUUUUUCAGUUUUCUUUAGGAUGUAUCUCCAGGCUGCGUGGAUGUCGCAAAAUGAGAGCUACGAAGUGCAAACGGGUAAAAAUUAACAUAUUCGUCUGUUGCGCUCCAAAACUGUAGUGCAGUGCCAUCUGCCAACGCACUUUUACCAUUUGUAACAUUCCCCGUAAAAUAAUUUGUUGCGGCCUCUAUUAUCUAGUGCACAUUCAUUCCGCUCGUACUGUAAAGGGUGAACCGCAUGGCACGAAAAACUGUCCGAAAACUGGCCGAACCGAAAUCGGGACCGAACUUUUUUCUGUGCAUCACCGCAUGCUACCGAAAUGCACCCCGAAUUUCGGCCGAAGACUUUUGGCCUUGGGGAACAUCGCCUUUCAACCAUCCAGGUCAAUGAGAUAAUCCCUGUAUUCAUAGGGGUAGAAAUCGCACACACAGCAACAGUCAACCCCAUUGCUACGUCAUCGUUGCUAUGGUUCGCCUUCCGGCUGGAUAGCUAUUGGAUGCUUCUACUUUUUCGGUUGGCGUCACCUCCCAUUUCGGAGGAGAAAUCUGGCUUGGCCAGAUCGGGCCGAAUUCGGCACAGAAUUCUGUUCUCCGAAAAAAGUUCGGUCCCGAAUUCGGUUCGGAAAGAAUUCGGACGCUUUUAGGGCCAUGCGGUUCACGCUUAAGAAGCUACAAGGCAAGAAAAACUGCUCACGUUCAGCAGUUAAGUAAACAGACGUGGAAAGCAAACAACGUGCAACGAUUCGCAUCUUAAAUGAUCACAUUAAUACGUAACUCAUAAGGGACGUACGCAAUACGUGUCAUACGAUGCGUAUGUAAUCCAAUUAUUGGUCCUAGCACAUAAGAUGGUGUGUUGUCUACACAACUUCUGAAUGAAAAACACAUGACGAAGAGACCUACUGUAACAGAAGCACGUACAACACCAUUCAUCAGACUGAGGGCUGCAACCAGAGACUCGGAAGAAUAAAAUAAAUUUUAUUUUCAAAGAAUUUUUUUUUCAGAAUUUUUUUUUUCUUUGCAGAGGACAUUUCUUCUUCCGUGUCUCUAUGGUUCCAGCCCUCAGUAUGCACCAGCUUGUGUGCACUCUUUCAGGACUGUCAACCACUAAUUAGAGUUGUAAAUUGAUACAAAUAUCUCAUUCAACCAUAACUUAAAACCUGAGACUAGGGAACAAAAAACUACAACACAGACAAGGUCUCAAGCUCAUUCAAAAUCGUUCGUGUUCACGCUUGAACCGAUUCAUAUGAACCGGUAACCGAAAUAACAUUUUUUGGUUUUACGGUUUCGAUUAAUUGCCGAAGGUGAAUUUCGGUUACGUUCGGGUUACGGUUCUUGAAAAAAAAAUUGGGUUCCCCCCAAGCGGUUUUCGGUUCCGUUCUGGUUUCAGUCCCUGGUACUGCUGCCUGCAAUUGCAGAAUGUAUGAGAAUGAAGUCACAUGCUUCACUGUGAAAUGUAUAUGUGUGUAAUUUGUGUCAUUCCAUUAUUUUUACAUUGAUCAGGCAAUAUUACUAAUUUAUUAGAAUUGCAUGCAGUAAUAAUAUAAUUUAAUGUUCAUAGUUCACUACAUAUCAUACAAAUCAUUGAUUUCUUUUUGUCAGAUUUACGAAGGAAAUAUGUUGCAAGAAUGAAAUUUGGAAAUGACAAUUUUGUGUGCACUAUACUUUGAAUGGAAUUUGUGCUAAAAUGUAAGUGUGAAUAUGUUGCAUGUUAAAGUGAAAGUGAGUUAUGUGAGUGUGAUAUGUCGUAUGCUGGUAAGGUACAAUAAUUGUUGUCCCCUUUGCAAACACUAUCACAGUGAACACUGGCGUAAGGUACAUUUACAUAUGGGUACAAAUGUGGGCUAGUGAUGUAGCGAAGGAAUGGUUUUAUUAAAUACUGUUAUAAUUUUCA